AUGCGCCAUACGGCACUCAUUGCAUUCUUCUGCUGCUCCCUUGCUUAUUCUUUAGCUGAACCGAUCCGCGCACGUCGUCAAAAUUGCGGUUGUGCUCAACAGCAACCUCAAUGUGUAUGUCAAGCCGUUAUCGAAUUGAGCCCACAGCAGAGCUGCCAAUGCACUCAGCCAGUGCAGACGCCAAGCUGCCAGCAACAGUGUGUUACACAGACUACUGCUCAAUGCGCUCCAGUGUGUCAGUCGACCUGCGUUGAAUCGUGCGUACAACAACAGCAACCUGUAGCUCAGUGCCAGCAGUCCUGCACCAAUACCUGUCAAUCGGCUUGCUAUCAACCGGUGCAGCUUCAGCCGGUACAGCAGCAGUGUGCCCAGCAGUGCAACGUCGCUUGCCAACCACAGCAGAACCAGCCCGCGUGCCAACAGACCUGCCAGACUAGCUGGUGA